UUCCACAGGAAAAGAAAAGGAGUUGCUUAGUGAGAUAAGGUUUUUCACUUCCCACAGUCAGUGUUCUGCUGAGAAUGAUCACACCCCUGCAGUUUGAUGUACAUGGACUUGAUUUUUUGAGUUGCUCUCAGAAAUAAAUUUUCCUGUCUUAAGUCUGUGCAGAUAGAAGACAAGAAGAAUGUGGGACAGAAGAAAACUGCUUCUUGCUGCAAUCGUUUUCACAGCUUUCUACUACAAAGUGACAGCAGAGAGCGUAAAACUACUGGACAUGGCCCCAAAUGCUGUAGAUGACAUGUACAGUGGAUGCCGUAAAGAGGCCAUGGAGAAGUUUAUCCAUUCAGGUCUGUUACAACAAGAGCAAAAUGGAAAUAAGGGAUUCCAGAAAGCAUGGAGUGAAAAUACCCAGUGUUCAAAGCUGAUCCCUGGAAAAAUAAAAGAACACACUACUGCACUUUUGGCAUAUGCUAAUGGAGAUGAAGAUUUUCAAAGGACCUUUGGCAAUGCAGUGGAGAAAUUAGGUGUAAAUGUUAGCAUCUAUGAAGACCACUUCCAUUUCAAGUCUCUUCACUUCCUGCUCAUGGAUUCCAUGAUGCUGAUGAAUCCAAAGAAGUGCAAGACUAUGUAUGCUCUCUCAGGAAAAAAAUACACAGCAAAAAAGGGCUCAGAGGUGAGACUGGGAAGGUUCACCGUAGUUUCUUCAAGCUAUAGUGAGCUAAUUGAAAUGGAAGAUAUGGGGGAUCAAGUCGUCCUUAAUAUCACUUCUUGCUUCUUUGUCCACCUGGGAGACAACAUUUGCAGUAAUACGGAUACAGCACUCUUAUCUCCAGCUGAAGUGUUCACUGUGGAGGAAAUAAAAAGAAAAUGGAAUGAUGACGAAUACACUGAGAUUUUUUUGAAACACUUAAGACUAAAAAGCUACCAUAACUGUUACAUUUUUUCACGGGCCCCAGCUGAUGUCUCCACCCUUUGGCUUGUGUUGGUGCUUGCGGCUUUGUUUCUUUUUUUCUUCAACUGUUGAGCAAAAAUAAUUUGCAUCUCAGACUGCUCUGGAAGUUAUUACAACACAAAACUCUGCUUUGUUCGGUACGACUGAGCAAUGAACAGUCUGUUCUGCUGUGAUGUCUGCCAAUCAAGGUGCUGCAAGCUUUUGUAGUUGGCUGCAAAUAUAUAUAUUUUUUAAUUACUUCUACCACAUUUUGUGAAUUAUAAACUGAAAUAUUUUUUGUGAAUUAUAAACUGAAAUAUUUUCUUCUGUUAUCAAUAUUUCUGAGAUAAAGCAAUUUCUUUUUAUAUGCAACAUGCAACAAAGGUCCCUGGCUGGACAGAAACUGAGUACGGGGGAGUAUGUGCAGUUCAUGGUCAGCACCUUAAUCCCAAGGCUUUUUUCUUUUUUUAGGUAGCAAAUGUACAUUUUUAAGUUGAACCAGCUUACAAUGAUUAACAGUGUAGUCACCUGUCGACCUUACUACAAGAUCAUGAGUGUUGAGAUGCUGCUCACAGCAUCCAGUGGUUAUUGUAAAAUACUGUACUUCCAGUGUAUAACUGCUUCUAAAACCACACUAUGUUGAUUUAAUCUCUGUUUUCAUCCAUGCUAAAUAAACAACAUGUAAAAUGUAGGAGAAAAAAGACAGAUUUGGAGUAAAACAGUGUAUCAGUGUACCAUCAUUGGUCCAUACCCUACAAUAACGACACAUGUGUUUUCUAUCAUUACACAUAAUUGAAAUAAAAUAGUUGAUCAUACACAGAA